GCCUCCUCUCGAUGCGCCUGUCCUGGGCGCGCAAUGGAAACCGGGUCCUGGUUGCUUGGCGGCGAGUUUGAGGACUCGGUGUUCGAGGAGAGGCGGGAGAGGCGGCCUGGACCGCUCGCGUCCUACCGCGCCAAGCUCUGCGAGCCGCAGUGGUUUUAUGAAGAAACGGGGAGCAGUGAUGAUGUUGAAGCUCUGACUAUCCAGAAAUUCAAAGGGGACCUGGCCUACAGACGGCAAGAGUAUCAGAAAGCACUGCAAGAGUAUUCCAGUAUCUCAGAAAAACUGCCAUCUACGAAUUUUGCCAUGAAAAGGGAUGUCCAGGAAGGCCAGGCUCGGUGUCUCGUUCACCUGGGAAGGCACGAGGAAGCCCUGGAGAUUGCUACAAACUUGGAAAAUAAGGCAACUAACACAGACCAUUUAACCACUGUGCUCUACCUCCAGUUUGCUAUUUGUUCAAGUUUGCAGAACUUGGAGAAAACAAUUUUCUGCCUACAGAAACUGAUUUCUUUGCAUCCCUUUAAUCCUUGGAACUGGGGCAGAUUGGGAGAGGCUUACCUGCAUCUGGAGCCAGUGCUUGCAGCGUUGCUUGUGUCAUCUCAGAAACAGAACAGUUUCAUCUCGAGUGACAAGGCUAUCAAAUCCUCCUGUCCCCACUCAGGAAAAGACUCUCUUUUGUGUUUCCCUGAAAUGUUGCCCGAGAGCUCUGCGUUAUCUGUGGAAACGAGCAGUGGUAAUAACCAGAAGAAUGAGAAGGCUUUUAAAAAUAUUCAAAACUGUAUGGCAGAAGAGAGAGCAGCAGUGUUGCUAGAAACUCAGAUGAAAGCCUGUGCCUCCUUUAUACGAACCAGGCUUUUGCUUCAGCUCGCCCAAUCUCAGCAAACAUCGUUUGCUUUGGAGAGGAACUUAAAGACUCAGCAGGAAAUCGAAGCUAAAAUGAAAGGGUUCAGCUUCAAAGAAGACACUUUGCUGUUGAUAGCAGAGGUGAUGGGCGAAGAUAUCGUCCCAGAAAAAAUAAGAGAUGAGGUUCACACAGAGGUGAAGUGUGUUGGCCCUGCAGCUCUGACUGCCUUGGUGAUCGCGUCUUCGAAAGAAUUUGAAGACAAGUGGUUCAGAAAGAUCAAAGACCACUUCUGUCCCUUUGAAAAUCAGUUCCAUACAGAGAUACAGAUGUUGGUUUAGUGGUCCCUUUAAAAACAGAACAAAACAUCUUGUAUUGUAUUAAUUGUGCUGGUUUACUUCAGACAGAAUCCACUGCUAAUCAUGGAACACACUGAAUUAAAAACAAUUAUUUAUGUCUUAUAAAAA